UGACGAAGGUGGGCAGCAUCUUGACGGUGGCGGUGGGGCUGGUGUCGCGGCCGAGCCCGUUCUCCAUUUCCCUGCGGAACCGGUUCAUGAUGUCCCUCAGCGUCUCGUCCGAGAAACGCAUGGAGUACAGGAUCUCCUGAUGUAUGAAGGCAGAAGGUGGAUCAUCCUCUGGUGUCAGUUCAUCAGGACAGUUGCAGAAAUCAAGCUCUAAAUCGGUGAGCCAGGUGCAGGCCCAGGCCACAGAGGCUAUGGCGGAACCAGCCUAUACCAUGCCGGUGUUUCGGCAGAGGACUGCGGAGGAGGGGACUGAGGAGUACCAGCGAGUGAGCACGAAUGUUGGGAAAGGACUGACUGUGAUUCAGGAGGAGCUCCACAGGAUGAGGAUGGCCACCAAGGCUCAGGUGGAUAGUCUCGCUAUCCAGAGAGAGGUUAAGGAGAUGAUGUACAAGAGGACGGAUCUGUUAGAUGAUAUCCCCAAGAUGCCGGACUUCAUCGUUGCCCUGCGGCCCCACACCGUGUGGGAGAAGACUCCCGUCAAACUGUUCUGCACUGUGCAGGGAAACCCGAGGCCCGUUGUCAAAUGGUAUAAAGGAGCAGCGCCAGUCAACCCACUGAAUGCUCCUGGAAAGUACAAGAUUGAAAACAAGUAUGGAGUCCACAGUUUGAUCAUUAGCAGGUGCGCUGUGAGCGACACUGGAGAGUACCGGGCUGUCGCCACCAAUGCUCACGGCACCACGACCAGCAAGGCCACAGUCACCGUGAAGAGACCAGCAGGAGCCGGAGAGUCCAGCCAUCUGGGUUUAGUGCCCCACCUGACUGAGAUCCAUGCCAGUAAGCUGGAGGUGAGCCUCCUCGACCGGUUCUCAGUAAGCUUCGGUGUGGAGGGCGGCUCCAUCAGCCUGGUGUGCACCAUGGUGGUGGUCCCCGACCUGCCCAACCUGCCCCCCCUCGCCCAGUGGUACAGAGACGAUAAACUGCUGAAACCAGGUAAACUGGUGGAGAUGUCUGUGGGAGGAGGUGUGGCCCGUCUGACGCUGCCUCAUCUGGCCAAGGACGACGAGGGUCUCUACACCCUCCGCAUCUUCACCAAGGACGGUACCGCCGAGCACAGCGCCUACCUGUUCGUCUCAGAUGCCGCCCCCUCCUCGGCCGGGGCUCCUGGCGCACCUAUGAGUGUGAAGGCUUAUGACAUCAACUCGGACUAUGUCCUGGUUGCCUGGAAACCCCCCAACACCGUCAACGAGGCGGCGAUCACCGGAUACUUUGUGGACCGCUGUGAAUCUGGCAGCGACACCUGGGUCCAGUGCAACGACGCCCCUGUGAAGGUUUGUAAAUACCCGGUGCACGGCCUGAAAGUGGGGCGCUCCUACCACUUCAGGGUCCGCGCCGUGAACAGCGCCGGCAUCAGCAGGCCGUCCCGCAAGUCGGACAAAGUGACCGCCCUGGACGAGGCGGAGAGCGCCAGGCUGCAAGUGAUUAAAAUUGAAGGGAAAUACGACAUAGUGAUCAAGGAUGAUGACCUGGAAGGCUACGUAACGAUCCCGGGGGAGCCCACCGACGUGCAUGCAUCGGAGAUUUUCAAAUCGUACGUGGUGCUGAGCUGGAAGCCUCCCAGUCCCCGUGGACGAGCUCCGCUGUGGUACGUCAUCGAGAAGUGCUUAGCAGGCACUGGAGCGUGGCAGCGGAUCAACACGGCGGUUGAACUGCGUUCUCCCCGUUAUCCGGUUUUUGAUUUGCAAGAUGGGCAAAAGUACCAGUUCAGAGUGUACUCGGUCAACAUGUACGGCUCCAGCGAGGCGUCGGUGCCCUCUGAGCCCGUCCAGAAGGUGGACCAGGAUGGCGUCCCCUCUGCUCCCGGUAUGGUCAUCGCCACCAGGAACACCAAGUCGUCCGUGUUUGUGCAGUGGGACGCUCCCAAACUUCUGAAGAACCUGAUGGGAUAUUACAUCGACGGCCGCGUCGUCGGAUCCAAGGAGUGGUUCCCCUGCAACCACAAACCCUUUAAACACUCCAGGUUUGUGGUCCACGGUCUGAUCCCAGGAGAGAGCUACACGUUCCGCGUCCAAGCCGUCAACGUGUUCGGCCUCAGUGAGGAGUCUCAGGAGUCCUCCCCCAUCGCCGUGGAGCCAGCCCUCGCAACUCCCAGCGCUCCCUUCGGCAUCACCAUGCUGAGCUCUGACGGCGCCUCCAUCACUUUGGCCUGGAAGAAACCCAAACACCACGGCGGCUCCAAGGUCAACGCCUACUACAUCGACAAGAGGGACGCUGACACUUUGGCCUGGAAGGAGUUCAACCUGACGGCCGUCACGGAGAGAAUGUGCACUGUCGACAAUCUGAAGGACGGAACCUUCUACGAGUUCAAGGUCCAGGCCGCCAACAUGGCCGGCGUCGGCCUGCCCUCAGCUCCCAGCUACCCCAUGAAGUGUGAAGCUUGGACCAUGGAAGAGCCAGGGCCAGCUUACGACCUGGGCUUCAGUGAGGUGAGAAGUCACUCCCUGGUCCUCCUGUGGAAGGCUCCAGUCUACGUGGGAGCCAGCUCUGUCACUGGAUACCUGGUGGACAUGGCCAAAAAGGGCUCCUCUGAGUUUGUUACCCUGACUGAGGAAGCUGUGAGCCACCGUUACCUGCAGGUGUCUGGUCUGGAGGAAGGAGAAACCUACGUGUUCAGAGUUCGUUCUGUCAAUGCGCAGGGUGUCGGAAAACCUUCCCAGCUGUCUGAGCCGGUCUGUGCCAGAGCUCUUCCAGGCACCAACGAGAUUUUGGCGAGUGUGGACGAGGAGACCGGAGACGUCUUCCUGUCUCUGGAGGCAUGUGAGAUCUCCGAGACUUCCAAGUUUGUGUGGUCGAAGAACUACAAAGUCAUCGGGGACUGCCCCAGGGUUUCCGUCACAGACAAGGGCAGAACCUCCAGACUGACUUUCACCAACCCCGAUAAAGACGAUCUGGGUAGAUACUCUGUGGUCGUCACUGACACAGAUGGAGUCUCUGCCAGCCACACUCUGACUGAGGACGCCCUGAACACCAUGUUGGAGCUCAGCUAUGCCAUCAGACAUCCAAUUGUUCCUCUGAAACACGGUCUGAACUACGAGAUUUUGGAGAAGGGUCACGUGCGCUUCUGGGUGCAGGCCGUCAAACUGUCCCCGUCCGUAUCCUACAGGUUCAUCGUUAACGACAAGGAGGUCAAAACUGGAGAGGGAGUCAAGAUCAGUCACGACGUGGCCACAGGAAUCAUCCAGAUGACGGUGGAAACUUUCACCAGAGCCAACGAGGGAACCUACACCGUCCAGAUCCACGACGGCAAGGCCAAAACCCAGAGCUCCCUUGUCCUGGUGGGAGACGUGUUCAAAGUUGCUCUGAGGGAGGCCGAGUUUCAGAGGAAAGAGCACAUCAGGAAACAAGGUCCUCAUUUCUCUGAGUAUCUGUACUUCACUGUCACUGAGGAUUGCACUGUCAUGCUCGCCUGCAAGGUGGCUAAUGUGAAGAAGGAGACGUCCUUCCACUGGUACAAAGAGGACGAUGAGAUCGUUCCAGAAACUCCUCCAAAUGUCCUCUCCGGAGCCUGCGCUCUCCCCAUCCCUCUGUUCUCCAGAAAGGAUCAGGGCGUCUUCAAGGCCGUGCUGAGUGACGACAGAGGAAAGGACACGUCUGCCUUCGACAUCUCAGGAAAAGUGUUUGAUGACAUCAUCAAUGCCCUCGCCCAGAAUGCUGGUGCGUCUGCCUCUGAGCUGGUGCUGCAGUGUACACCAGAGGGCAUCAGGCUGCAGUGCUACAUGAACUACUACACAGAAGAGAUGAAGACUGUCUGGAAACACAAGGAGAGUAAGAUCGCCUCCUCUGAGAAGAUGAGGAUCGGAGGCACAGCGGAGAUGGCCUGGAUGCAGAUCUGUGACCCGUCCGACAAGGAGAAGGGAAAAUACACCAUCGAGAUCUCCGACGGUGUGCAGACCCACGCCAGGACCUUCGACCUCUCCGGACAAGCAUACACCGAUGCCUAUGAGGAGUACCUUAGACUCAAGGCAGCUGCAUUUGCAGAGAAGAACCGUGGCAGAGUGGUCGGCGGUCUGCCUGACGUCGUCACUAUUAUGGAACAGAAGUCUCUGAGCCUGACCUGCACCGUGUGGGGCGAGCCGACCCCCGAGGUCUCCUGGUUCAAGAACGAGCAGGAAGUCUCCUCCAGCGAGCACACCAAGGUCACGUUCGAGGGCGGCAAGUUCGCCAGCAUGGUCAUCAACAAGGUCACCCCCGACGACUCCGGCAAGUACAGCAUCAACGUGCGGAACAAGUACGGCGGCGAGUUCGUUGAGAUCACCGUCAGCGUCUACAGGCACGGCGAGCAGAUCCCCGAGCCCAAACUGGGACAGCCCAAGACGGCCGCCUCCACGCCUGUGCCGCCAAAGUCCCCUGCCCCCCCGUCCAAGACCCCGACCCCGGUCCCCUCCAAGUCCCAGACCCCGAUGUCCAUGAAGAGCCCGACUCCAGCCUCCACCCCCGCCUCCACCCCGGUCCCCAAGUCUCCAACCCCGACCCCCAAGUCUCCAACUCCCCAAUCCCGCGGCGCCAAGUCGCCCACCCCACCCAGGUUCAUGAAGUCUCCGACCCCACCGAGGAAGUAAAACCGGUGGUGACGUCUGAGGGGGAAACGUUUGCUGUCUGCUGAUUUAAAACGUUAUUGUGUGAAACAGCAAGGUGUUAGAGUUUAUGUAGAUGAUGUUAAAAGUCCACGACCACUUCCAGAGAACGACUUCUAACCAGUCUGACGGUUCUCCAUCAUUUCUGAGAACUAGUUCAUACUGAGGGACUUCUACAGCGGCUACACUAGAUUUCAUUUUCAGUAUUAUUCAACAGGCCACUUUGCUUUUGACAGGCGUAAAAAAUAAGAAAAAUAUGACAAAAAUUAAAAAAAAAAAAAACAGGGUAGAUGUUCGUGUUUAAUGUUAUAAAAGCUGCACCUUCCACUGUCAGUGGAAAGACUUUAUACAGGGAUAAUUCCUGCUUACUACAACUUAUUAAAAUCAUUCAUUUCUAUCAGAGGGCAUGUAAGUCAGACAAACACACAGGUUAAACAAACUUAUUUGGAAGGGAAAUCAAGGUAAAAUUGUCGCCCAGACUGUCCAUUGUUUGCAGAAAGUUUCCUGCACACUGAGCGAUAAUUAUUAACAUUUUCAGGUGGGAUUACUUUGAGUUUUACCUCCAAAAAAAUUGUUUAGAUGAGGUUUGUUCCCAUAUUUUAGUAGUUAUCAUAACCAGUAAAAACGAAGACUAAAACUAUAGAAAUGAGACUAAAGUUGUGAUAAACUGGAUUGCUCUUUGACCUGGAGGACCUGGGGGCAUGUUGUUGGGUGGGAAAUCAACACCAGACACCAGAUUAUUUUUUGUUUUUCUCUCUAGUGUGGUAGUGUUUUUUUCCUCUUACCAGCAAGUUAAUUCACUCCCAGGUAUCUUUCAUCAUUUGGAGAUCCUGUGAAUAGAAAUAUUCACUCCUGAUCUCUGUCCAUCUGUCUGUCACAUGUUGUAUUUCCCCCUGAUGCUUUGUGAUGGCAAUAAACUUUGCUUAUCCACUUA